UUAGAACGUUUAACCAAACAACUGAUUAAACGGUGAAACUUUUCGUUGCGCACGCAGCAAAAAAAUCUAAGAACCCAUGGAAAUUCCAGUAUUCACUGUGGAUGCAUUCACCAACCAAGUUUUCAAAGGGAACCCCGCAGCAGUCUGUCUUUUACAAAAUGAAUUACAGGAUCAGGUGUACCAGAAAAUUGCAGCAGAGAUGAACCUUUCCGAGACUGCUUUUAUUUCCAGACUGAAUGUUACAGAUGACUUCGGCUCAGCGGCACGAUUUCGCCUGAGAUGGUUCACUCCAAAAAAUGAAAUCGUCUUGUGCGGGCAUGGCACCAUCGCCUCGGCGGCCGUGCUUUUUUACCACAAAAAAAACCAUAACGCAGUCCUGACUUUUGAGACGCUUAGUGGGGAAUUAUACGUCAAAAUGGACGGGGACGCCCUAGUGAUGGACUUUCCCCAAAACAAGCCGACCAUGCAGGACCCAAAUGAAGUAAAAGAUCUUAUUAAAGCUGCAGUUGGAGAACUGCCUGUGCAGGACGUGCAGUACUGCAGGGCCAUCAGCAAGCUGCUCAUACGCCUCAGUGACUCGUGUGACAGGGCAGCCUUGAUGUCCCUGCAGCCAGACCCUGCCAGCCUCCUGCAUGCAGGGUCCGACGGGAAGGUGAAGUCACUCAUAGUCACCCUAAAGGGUGACCCAGCUGCUCAGCCAGCCUAUGAUUUUUUCUCAAGGAAUUUUGCUCCCUGGCACGGAGUUCCUGAGGAUCCUGUAACUGGAUCAUCACACACUGUGCUAGCCAGCUACUGGGCAGCGGAAUUGGGAAAGCAAAAGAUGCUGGCCUACCAGUGCUCCAGUCGAGGAGGGGAGCUUCACCUACACAUAAAAGACAACAACAGAGUGGACAUCGCUGGUCGUGCGGUCACAGUCCUGAAGGGAGUACUCACACUCUGACAGCAUCCGGGACCUGUCUAAAGUGUCUAAACAUUUGAGUGGAAGCCAACAUUCCCGUCAUACAAACUCAAAACUGAUCUUGAGAUUUAGGCUAAAAGGAAACUAGCUAGAAGAUAUGCUAAUAAUUUAAUACUAAUUAAAAUAAUUUAUAGUAAAGAUACUCAGACAUUACUUGGAGAGAAUUUAUUUUUUAAAAAUCAUAGCAAAAAACGGAUUGAAAGCAGAUAGUCUGAAUGUAUAUUUCUUUGUUUCACAUUUUCAAAUAAAAGCCAGUGCAAAUCCA